GCUGCCAGUUCGUUCUCGGAGUUCGUUCUUUCGUGCAGACCGUACCUUGGCUCCCGUUCAGGGCUUCUGCAGUACGUGCCCGUGCCCUGAUCUGACUGGGAGCUGGGAGAGCGACAGGAGCUCAGCGCUGCACACGACUCAACAUGAGACACUUACUGAGCCUUCAGAGACUGGUGACCAGACGCUUUAACACGACAACCAGACAGAUGGUGAACAAGGUGCCAGAGAACCAAAAAUUAUUCCAGGAAGACAACGGCCUUCCUGUCCACAUCAAGGGAGGAUCCACAGAUGUGCUGCUGUACCGCUUCACCAUGACCAUCACCAUUGCAGGAUGUGGUUUUUCCUUCUACUGGCUUUUAGUGGCCUGUCAGCCCAGGAAUAAGUAGGAGGGACAAUUGGCUACAUAUUUUUGUAUGCAAUGACUUCUGAGGAAAUAAACUUGAACUUGUAUUGCAAUACGUAGCCUGUGCAAAAUAAAAUUCCUUAACAACACAAUUCCUCUCCAAUUCUUCUUGCAAG